UUACAUAUUUAAACAUCACUAACAAACAAUAUAAAAACUAAUUUUAAAUAAACUUUUUCAGAAAAAUAAUUCACAAAUAAAUUUAAAUACUAAUUUUUAGGAGAAGAAUAACAUAAAUCCAAGUGAUGUCCCAUUUAAUAAGGACCUUUAUUCGCACCCCCUUGAACCGAUCCAUUAUGCUGACCGGCCAACGCAUGCAGCAUCAGCAACAAACUCAAUGCUGCAAAAGAAGUAAACUGCCACCGAAACUACAACGUUUACAAAAACUGUUUCAAGAGAAAAACGAUCUGCCGGUGUUCCUUAAAGGUGGUGCUAAAGAUAAAAUGCUCUAUUACAGCACUUUAGGUUUGGCAGGAAUGGGUUUAUUGUAUAAUGUAGUGUUUUUGGCAGGUUAUAUAAUUGAUUAAACAUAAUCCUUACAAAUGUUUAUUUUUUAAUAAAUUUAUUUAAAAUUAUUAGUUUAAACAACA